UUUUAACCAAAAAGAUAAGCCAGUGCUUGCAGAACUAGCCAAGAAGGCCGGCCUUACCAGACUGGACCUUACAAGAAUACUUGGAGAAUCUCAAAUUAGAAGACUAGGUUCCCCAAAUAUAAAAGCUUUAAGGAUUAAAUCAGGCAAGUUCCUUAAGUCAAUUAAACUAAAGAAGGACUCAUGCCCAAGAGGAGAGGCAGUACCUGUGCAGAAUGAGUAGGAGUUUUAGAAAGAAUGUGGUGAAUAAGGCUAAAUUUCAUAAAAGCCAAUUCAGAGUCAAGUCUAGAGCUAAUAAGAAUAUUCAUAAAGUGGAUCUGAACAAUUAUAAAAGCAAGAAGGCUGCUCCAAAGAAAUAGAACUAAUUCCAGAAUUCUCUGCAGAGAUGAACGAAUUUUAGACAAAUGUGAACUGAUCCAUAGAAGAUUACUUGAAAAAUUAAGCACAAAGAUGGAGCUAUCGAAGUACUGAAAUGGCAGAUUUUUCUCUCCCCAACGCUUGCAAAGGAAAAUAAUGAGUCCUGUGAAUAUGAAUAGAGCAUUACGGAGUCCAAAAGCCCAUAAGUUUCAAGCAACGAAGUAUCUCCCUGAGCUCAGCAUUCAAAGCAUUUAA